AUGGCGCUUCUUGAGAUCGCAUGCUUCCACCCUAAGAGCGCAGUAAUAGCUGUUGCUGCUGGUGCAGAUCGCGUUGAGCUUUGCACCGAUCAAGCCGCUGGCGGUAUCACACCACCUUCAGCAUGGCUGUCGGAAGUCAAGGCUCAAGUGACAACGCCAGUCUUCGCCAUGAUCCGACCUCGGCCAGGUAACUUCCGAUACUCUGAUGCAGAGUUCGAGGAGAUGCGCAGGAGCAUUGCUGCGUUCCGCGCGGAAGCCGAUGGAUUCGUGUUUGGUCUUCUGGAUGGAGAGGACCACGUCGACGUGUCGCGCACUGCGGAGCUGGUCCGCCUCGCCAGCCCGCUGCCAUGCACCUUCCAUCGUGCAUUCGACGAAACCGGCGAUCUCAUGCAAGCGCUCGAAGAUGUGGUGGCCACUGGAUGCCAUGCCAUCUUGAGCUCGGGUGGAGCGAGCAAUGCUGCUGCGGGAGCCGAUGUGCUCAAACAACUUGUUGAGAAGGCCGCUGGACGAAUCGUGAUCAUCGCAGGAGGUGGCAUCCGGCUGAGCAAUGUUCAGCGCGUUCGCGUGACAUCCGGCGUCUCCGUCUGCCAUUCUUCUGCACUUGCUGCAAAUAGCGUCACGCCCGACGACCGCGAGAUCCGGCAAAUGAAGACCAUCUUGUCGCAAGGUGGCGAUGAGAGAUGA